AUGACCAACAACCACGCAUCCUCCUCCUCCUCUUCUUCCUCCACACACCGCGGCCACUCGCACCGCCGCCAGGAGAGCUGGUAUACCCCCAAGCACUCGCACUCGCCGCUCCCGCCCCUGCCGCACGACGAGGCCGAGGACGAGGCCGACCACAGGGAGUCACACGCGCAAGCGCAAGCACCGGCACCAGCGGCCGGGUGGCUCGGCCGCCUGCUCGCACACUCGUCCCGCGAGAGCAUGAGCAGUACAUGGGCGCGACCGCAGCCUGUCGUCGACAAUGCAUCGUCUGCGUAG